AUGAAUUUCUUAAGUGUGAGAUCUGUGGCUGCCAGAAUAAUAAAUUAUUUUAAAGGAAGAAAACCACAUUUAACGAUAAAUAAAGAAAAGCAAGAUGGAAGUGAACAACAAAAACAACAACAUCAAGAACAACGCAUUGAAGAACAACGAAAACAAGAAAUACAUCAACAAUUACAAGAACAACAACAACAUGGUGAACAAAAACAAGAUCCAAAACAAGAACAACAACAUGAUCAGCAAAAACAACAUCAAGAACAACGCCUUGAACAACAACGAAAACAAGAACUACAUCAACAAUUACAAGAACAACAACAACAUGAUGAACAAAAACAAGAUCCAAAACAAGAAGAACAACAACAUCAAAAACAAAGACAACAACAACAAAGAAAACAAGAACUACAUCAACAAUUAGAAGAACAACAAAAACAAGAUCUACAAGAACAACAACAUGAUGAACAAGAACAACAACAACAUGAUGAGCAAAAACAACAGCUAGAACAACAACAUAAACAAUUUCAACAACAUAUCCAAAAUCAAAGAAAACAUCAACAACAUAAUUUAAAAAUACGAAAUCAACGUACACAUCAUCUACAAUAUUACUCUCAUUUUUUUCCGUAUAACCGUCACAAUUAUCACAAUUAUCAAUACAACAAAGGAAAUCAAUACAAUCACCAACAAUAUCACCAUGAAUCACAAAAUUAUCAACAUCGUCCACCUUUUUAUCAAAAUCGAAAUCAUCAGUUUAGGAAAAAAAAAGUUAGAACGAAUCUUGGCGCUGUAAUGGAGCAAUAA